CUCUCUUUAUUGUCUAUAUAUAUAUUAUAUAUGGACUCCAAUGUAGCAUUGAUACUCUUUGUUUUAGAGAGAGAGUAAGUGUGUUUGUGGGUAAUUUGCCAUGGCCACGCUUAGUGUUCCUGAUCCUGUUCCUUCUCCCAUUGAAGAUGCUGAGAAGCUGAGGAAGGCUUUUCAAGGAUGGGGAACUGACGAGAAGGCGGUGAUAGCUGUGUUAGCACACAGAGAUGCAGCUCAGAGGAAGCAAAUCGCGUUGGCCUACGAAGAGAAAUACAACGAAAAUUUGAUCAAGCGGCUCGAGUCGGAACUCUCUGGCGACUUCGAGAGGGCGGUUUAUCGAUGGAUAUUCGAUCCGGUCGAGCGAGAAGCUAUCAUGGCUAAUGUCGCAUUGAAGAGCAAGAAUGUGGACUACAUAGUGAUAAUUGAGAUCGCGAGUGUGAAUUCCCCUGAUGAGCUCUUGGCCGUGAAGCGAGCGUACCAAGCGCGCUACAAACAUUCUUUGGAAGAAGAUAUUGCCUCACACACCACCGGAGAUUUUCGCGCUCUUCUAUUUGCACUAGUGAGCACGUAUCGAUACAACGGUGAGGAGAUAAAUGCUAACUUAGCUCAAUCAGAGGCAAAGAUUCUUCAUGAGACUAUCACCAAGGGAGUCUUUAAUCAUGAGGAAAUUAUUAGAAUCUUGGGUACAAGGAGCAAGGCGCAGCUUCUUGCGACGUUCAACCGCUACAAGGACGAAUACGGCAGUUCCAUCACCAAGGCUUUGACUAGUGAAACUCCAAAUGAUUUUGCACUGGCGCUACGAACAGCGAUUCGAUCCAUCUCCAAUCCUAAAAAGUACUUUGCAAAGGUUCUCCGCAAUGCGAUCGACAAAUCAGGAACCGACGAAGACGCGCUUACUCGUGUGAUCGUCACGCGCGCGGAGAAGGAUCUCAAGGUGAUCAAGGAGAUUUUUCAGAAGAGGGCUAAUGUUGCUCUUGAGCAUGCAAUAGGCAAGGAGAUUUCUGGGGACUACAAGAACUUUCUCCUUGCUUUAGUUGGGAAUUGAUGAUCAUUGUCUCUCCAUAUGCAUUUCUACCUAUAUAUUUUUACCUAGUGAUGACAUAUCACCUAGCUUAAUUAGGAUAAUGUUGGGAAUUGCUGCUCUUAGGACUAUGGUUUUCCUCUUUCUUUUUUUUUUAUUACUAUGUUCUGGGUACAUGGUUAUAUAUCGUUUUCUUAUCGACGAUUAGUGUGUUUUAUUCCAGUAUUAGUCAAAAACUGUGUUCGAACUUGGGGUUUGUUUCAAUGGUGUUCUUUUUUCCUUUUAUUCCUCCUCCUAAAGAGGUUAUAUGGGAUAUAAUCAUAUAAAGGUUCCACCUUGCUACCUUAA